CAUAAUAAAAUCGUGUGUAAAGAAUGGGAACCUGGCAAGAAGCGUCCAAAUGUAACGAAACAUAUUCAACAAUACCAGUACAACUUCCCAUUGGUGAUUAUUCGGACUAGAACUGCAUUUGGCUACAAGAAUUACGUAUUUACAGGUGGCAGGCUGCAAAAUCUUUACCGAUGUGGAAUGUUGGACGUCGCUGGAAACUUCACAUUUGUUAAUGACUGUGAAACUUCGAAGUGUUCGUUUUGUGAAGUCGAGAAUUACACCGGAACUGAUCUGUCAGCUUGUGGAUCAACUAUUACAACAAAUCGGCCUUCCUCAAAUAACCUAUCAACGAUUGUUUCACAAAAGGCAGAAACAUUAACAGCAACGAUCAUGUCAAUCAACGAUAAAAUAUUGACAAAAUCUAUUGUUCGUAACCAUGCUUCCACUUCCUCCGACUCAACUCUUGGCAUCGGUUUAGGUGUAAGCCUUAGCAUCGUGGUCAUUGUAAUAGUUACCAUCGUCGGCGUCUGCGUUUAUAAAAGAAGGAAAAGAAAUGCUGAUUGUGUACGCAGCAGACAAGAGUGUGGAAGCACGGAGUGUGGUGAUAUUCAUGUCUAUGACGAAAUAAGCAACAGCGAAGAAUCGGCAUAUGCUGCCUCCAAGGUUGACAUUUACGAUAAAAUAAGAACUGAUGGAGAAAAGGAGCAUGCCUAUGAAAGUGUAGCAUCGGCGCCAAAAUACUAAUAAAAUGCUAAGCUAGUUAAGUUAUUAAAUUACAUGAUGAGAAAAUAUCUGGAUAACUUUCUAUUGUACAAAUAUUGAAUAAUAAUGUUAUAUGACGGAUUUUUACUAAAAUAACCAUUUGCAGUAUUGUUUGAUCUGUUGGUGUACUUAUAAUCUGUGUAAUAAAAUUUUUACCUUC